AUGAAAGUCGAAUAUACUCGACUUUUAAUUGUUCUGGCUUGUCUUAUAAUACGAAUUACCGAUGGUGAUCAAGCAGUGAAAAGAGAUGAAUGUCGUGAUUUUGCUGGCGAUCUUUCAAAUUGUCAACGAUUUAUACGUUGUUUUCAUAAUCUAAGAGUUUUAUUUACCUGCGCAUCUGGUGCUGCGUACGUUCCAGAACUACAAACAUGUGUAUCAAAAGAAUUAGUUGAUGAUUGUAAUGAUUCAAAGAAUCGAAUUGAAGUAACAGUUAGUUCAAACACAAAUCCAAGCGAACAGGAUGAUUAUCCAACAAUCGAGGCUGACUUAAAUGCAUUAGAGGUGCCAAUGCAAAAAUCUCUUUCAGGCGAUGUUAGUGUUUCUGGUACACCGAGACAGUUCGGUUGCUCAUCGUAUUGUUACAAUCAAGGCACCUGUGUGCUUGUUGGCCAAAGAAUAACUUGCCGUUGUCCAGCUGGCUUCGUUGGUGUUCGGUGUCAAGUUGCACAAUAUGCGCUUAAUACGCGAGCUGUUGCGACUUGCAACGCUACUAGUAAUCCUUGUCUUAAUGGAGGAAGUUGUAUCACGGCAGUAGGGACGAUUGAUACAUUCGCCGGAUGUACUUGUGGACCUGGUUGGACUGGCCCUUUAUGCGAUUAUCCAGACGCAGGUGGAGCAAAUAAUGCAACUACUAACGGCACUACGGGUGGUAUCACACUUUGUUCAACAAAUAAUUGCCAAAAUGGCGGUGUAUGCGUCAAUGUUACUGGUGGUGGUAUUCGAUGCAUUUGUCCACCGGGUUUCACAGGCUUUUUUUGUGAAUUACCAACUGGUCUCACAAAUAUCGACUGCGUAACGAAUCCUUGUCAAAAUACAGCACUUGUAGUACGCAAUUUAUGUCAACCAAAUCCUUGUCGAAAUGGCGGUAGCUGUUAUCUGAAUGAGACAAGCUUUUCUUGUGCAUGUCCAACGGGUUUUGGUGGCACAUGUUGUGAAUUAGCUCUGUCAGCAAUAAAUCCUUGUUACGUUAAUCCUUGUAUGAACGGUGGAACAUGCCAAAUAGUUAACAUUAAUACACGCCGAUGCAUUUGUCCAAGCGGUUAUCUUGGUGCUCAAUGUGAACAACGUUUAUGUGAUCCAAAUCCAUGUCUGUAUGGUGGUGUGUGCCUACCCUAUCUCAAUAGCUUUCAAUGUCAAUGCCCGCCACAAUAUACUGGUCGUUGUUGCGAACUUCUCUUGAUAACUACUGCAGCACCUAAUCCAUGCAGUUCAAAUCCAUGCCAAAAUGGAGGCACGUGCUCUGCAACAAGUGCUACAGCAUUUGUGUGUACAUGUACGGCGAGUUACUACGGUCGUUGUUGUGAAGUUCGCAAUUUUUGUCAACCAAAUCCAUGUUAUAAUGGUGGUACUUGUGUUGCUACAACCAACGCUUAUAUAUGUCAAUGCACAUAUCCAUAUUCGGGUAGUAAUUGUGAAAUGGCAAUAGCUACACGAGCUCCUCAACCGAGUUGCGCUUGCAUUCUUUGUCCAUGUCCAACACCUGCACCAAUGUCUACUAAUCCAUGUCUGCCGAACCCAUGUCAAAAUAACGGAGGCUGUGCUGUAGUUCAAAAUAAUCCUCAAUGCUAUUGUCAACCUGCAUUUACCGGCUACUAUUGUCAAUAUACACGAAAACGAUCUCUGAGCAAUGCUCCUUGUGCAAAUGUAACAUGUUUGAAUGGUGGCGAAUGUCAUAUGGAUGAAAAGGGACCUCAAUGCACCUGUCCUAAACCAUAUUUUGGUGAACGUUGUGAAUUAAUUAAUCGACCUCGCACAUGCAAUCCAAGUCCAUGUGGCCGAAAUGGUCAAUGUAUAGCAACAAAAGAUGGUUACAAAUGCGUUUGUAAAAAUGGUGUCACUGGUGUACUUUGUGAACAAACAAUAAUGCCCAGUAAUCAUCAAUGGUGUUCAUUAAACUGUCCACCAGGUACAACUUGUGUUUAUGAAGGUAGCAUACCGAAAUGUCGCGUAUUAAACAUUCAAAAACAUUGA